CCAUUUCAGCCCUUCUCCAUUCCCCCUUUCAUUCGCCCGGCCUGUGUUCCACUCCUCCCGUCCCUCGCCACCCCGCCGGCCUCCCGCUGCUCGCUGGUUCUUUCUCUCUCCCUGAUUUCUGCUCCCCGCCAGUGGAGGCCGAGGUGGGGGGCAGCAGGCCAGGCUGGGAACACACCCUGUCUUCAUCCCGCCUCGUUCCCUCCCGGCCCCAGUCGGAGGACGCACGGGGUCCAGGAUGGGGGAGCCGGGGGAGCCCGGGGGGCUACGGGACCUGGCGCUGGACUGGCAGUUCCUGCGCUCCACCAAGGGGGCACUGCUGGGCACCGAACUGGCCCUGUGUUUUCUGAUCUUCCUGCUGCUGACGGUCUCGGCCUCCGCCCACAUGGCGCCCGCCCUGCUGGAGGGGCUGCUGGCGGCCGGCGCCCUGGGCCUGCGUCUCAGCCGCUGCCAGGAGAGGGCACCCCGGAUCCACUGGCCCUGCCUGGAUUUCCUUCGCUCCACCAGCGCCGUCCUGGUUUUCCUGGUGGUGUCGCCGGCCGCCAUCGCCGCCAGCCAGGAGGGGCCGGCUGUCAGCGCCUUUACCUUCGGCCUCAUCCUCAUCGCCAUAUUUGCCUACGAUGCCUUCAGCACCUACUGGGCUGAGAUCAGGCCGGAGCCAGCCCAAGAUGGCAACGGGAACCUGGCGUAA